AUGGCGCCCGGGAGUCGGUCCUCGUCGCGGCUAUCGCAGCCGUUGCCGAUGAUUAUCGAGGAUGUGGUGCACUCUACCACGCCGCCGCCGGGGGUGCCGCCCAAGUCGCCGCGACGACCGCCGGUUUCGAGGUCGAAUUCGCAGGGGAGUAGUGUGCACGGUAGUCAUCGGUCGAGGACGCCGCCGCCUUUUGGGGCAGUUUCGGGAGGGGUGGAUAGGCCGGCGUCGGGGACGGCAAAGAUGAAGGUUACGCAGCGGGAGGUGGUGGGAGGGGGGGGGAGGGAUCAGGGACCGGUGGCGAGGAAGGGGUGGUAUAGGAAGAUGUUUGGGGUUUUGCUGGUCGUAGGGGUGAUAGUUGGGUUAUCGGUUGGUUUGACCAUCGGGUUGCGAAAACGAAACCAAACCUCCCAAUCCGACUCCCCCUCCCCAACGAACCUCUUCCCCUCGGGGUCUUACACCUUCACUACUGCUCUUCUAACCAACACCUCCACCGCUUGCCUCACCUUUCCGUCUCUGGCCACCGCCUGGCAGUGCUACACCUCCCCAGAACAACAACCGCAACCACGCUUAUUAUCAACAGCGAUAUUCCGCUGGACGAUAACCCCCUCCCCGAGAUCAGGCUAUACCAUCUCCUCCACCCCAUUCCACACCACCGGUCCGCAAUUCCAAAACCUGACACUGACACACCUCGAUAUUAACCAAUACAACGAACGUUUUGUCUUUUCGCUUAUCUACCCCAAGCCAGUCACUUUGUCGAUUCCUACCAAUGGAACAGAAGGGGGAGGAGAGGAGAGGAUACAAUGCUGGUUUAACACUACUGUUUUGUCAGCGGCGAUAUACACCCGGCAGAGGGCGUCUUGGCCGGAGGAUUUGGGGGAGGUUAUUCUGACGGAGAUUACGGGGAGGGCGGGGAAGGAAGGGGAGGAGAGGGUUUGGCCUUUUUUGGUGGAGGUUGGGGAGGUGCAACAAGGUGGUGAGGAUGGGGAAGGGGGUGUGGUGCCGGAUUGUUAUAGGGAUGUGAGGGGGGUUGAUUUGGGGGGGUUGUUUGGGGGGAAUGAUAAUGGGACUGCUGGGGGGAUUGAUGGGGCGGAGGGGGAGUGUGGGUGUUGGUAUAAGAAUUUCGAGUUGGAUGGGUUACGAAGAAAUGGGACGGUGGUGGAGAGGUUGAGGAGAGGGAGGUAAUUUCUAGGUGGUGAUUCGAACUGGGACUCUGGUGCGCGCUACACAGUCAGUUUGGCGAUGCCGCCAGUGGCUCCAGAGAUCUGUCGAGCAAGGUAUUUCUCCAGCAAGGGGCGGUUUUCGAAAAGUUGAGGAGUGAUGAUACCCACGCGGUUGAUACUUUGGACUGCGAGAUGGAGGAGAUACCCUCAUUCGUUUUUAUUUGUUGAGCUUUUAGCGGGUUAUUGUCAUUUCUGGUAUGGGAGGUUGGGAUCAAGUCAUGGAGUUAUAACAAGGAAUGGCUAACAGGACAAGGGGCAUGGGCAGGUACGCCAGGCAACAAGGGACAUGUAUGGAUAGCAUGGAGUUCAAACGGUAUGUAUUUUGGGCAUUGAUACACAGUACAUAGUGUAGAUAUAAGUAAAC